AUGGUAGCAUUGUGGUGUGCUCAAGACUCACCAGAGGCUAGGCCACCAAUGAGUGUGGUGGUGAAGAUGAUGGAAGGAGGAGUGGAGAUCAAGCCGCCUCCUAAACCUUUUCAUUAUCUAUUCUCAAUAGGGAUGAAUGCAGUCAAGCCAAUUGCUGGUUCGAGUUUCUCCUCAAGUGAAGAAUCCGAUUUUUAUUCGUAUACGGAGACUACACCCAUCAUGGCCAAGUUGGGGUCUGGAGCAUCUGGGGUUGUUUAUAGAGGGCAGUUCCCCAGUGGAGUCAAGAUUGCAGUGAAGGUGCUCGAGAAAAGGUCUAAAAGAGUAGCAAUGAAGGAGGAUGCAAUGAAACUUUGAAAUUGUAGUGGUGCCAAUCGGACUUGUAAUGAAGUCUUUCCUUUGAAUACUCAUUGAAUUCCUUCUUACAUGAGUUGCAAGUUAACCCCGAUAUUCUUCCUACUUCGUCUUCCAAUUGAAUCUCAAAAAUUGCCUAAAUACAUUGAAAUUUGCUGU